GCUACUGUGUAAGGGAGGGGAGGGAGACUGAGUACUGCACAGUAAGGAACAGACUGGGCUAGAGCUGCUGUGUCUGAGGCUUCAGCGUGUGAUCUCUGUGCAAGUUACAAGGGGGCAGAUAUCAUUCCUACAGCAGAUCCUACUGUGCUCUAGUUACAAAUGGGAGUUUUAUAAAAUGAUCCUAUUGCAUGACCUUGUCAGAGCUUGAUCUACACGACUGUCUGCUCUACAGCUUCUUACAGGACACCAACCCCCUGAAUAACAAGCAGGACAGUGCUGGAUGGUGAUAGCCGGGGUGUGAGUAGGAGUUGAAGAAAACAUGUGAUCUUUACCUCCCUGAAUAAGAUGGAUAAUGUAACCUCUAUUUACGCUGGGAAAAACUCUUGCACCUUCCAUGAGGAAUUCAAGCAAAUUCUGCUCCCUGUGGUCUACUCAGUAGUCCUUGUCUGUGGACUUCCAUUAAACUUUAUUGUUAUACUUCAGAUAUGGCUAUCCAGAAAAGCACUUACCCGUACUGCCAUCUACAUGCUGAACCUGGCUAUGGCAGAUCUGCUGUAUGUAUGUUCUCUUCCUCUGCUCAUCUAUAACUACAUCCAGCAGGACUACUGGCCCUUUGGAGACUUCACUUGUAGGUUUGUCCGUUUCCAGUUCUACACCAACCUGCACGGCAGCAUCAUGUUCCUCACUUGUAUGAGUUUCCAGAGAUACCUGGGUAUCUGCCAUCCUUUAUCUGUAUGGCACAAAAAGAGAGGCAAGAAGUUCACUUGGGUGGUCUGUGGUGUUGUUUGGUUUGUUGUGAUAGUCCAAUGUAUUCCCACCUUUGUUUUUGCAUCUACAGGAAUCCAGAGAAACAGAACGGUGUGUUAUGACUUGAGCCCACCUGCACUGUCUGCAAUGUAUUUCCCUUAUGGCAUAACAUUGACUAUCACGGGAUUCUUGAUUCCUUUCAUUUUAAUUUUAGUCUGUUACUGCAGCAUGACAAAGAUUCUGUGUCAGAAAGAUGACCUCAAUGGGACAUUAGUACGGCAGAAGAAGGACAAAGCCAUCCGCAUGAUUAUUAUUGUUGUUAUUGUCUUCGCUAUAAGCUUCUUCCCCUUCCAUCUCACCAAAACCAUCUACCUAGUGGUCCGUUCAAAGAAAGAUGUGCCCUGCCUGGUUCUGCAAACAUUUGCCAUAGUGUAUAAAUGCACCAGACCUUUUGCCAGCAUGAAUAGUGUGCUAGAUCCAAUCCUGUUCUACUUUACACAACAGAGAUUUAGACAAAGCACCAAAACUUUGUUGCAAAGGGUCGCCAGCAAAUGGAAACUGGAAGCAGCUGAAACUAAUAAACAAUGACAUUCUGUAAUUUGCUGACCAUCUGAUUAGAACAUUAUUCUGGACUAUAAAAUAGUGGAACAUAUCUUGCAUAAUACCCUUUUAUUUUAAUUAAUUUAAAUUGUAUAUAUAACAGGGCAUAAUGUAUAAAUGUAAAUAUGCAGUUACAUAUUUUAUCUUCGCUUAUAGAGCUUGCUUAUUUAGAGUAUAUUUGGAAACCACUGUUGACAAAAGCCACAACAAUGAGAAGUUCAACUUCCUACUCAAAAGUAUCUAUUUCAGAAAACAUAAUUAAUAUUGAUACACUUUUCUAAAACUGAGAUUCAGAUAUUGUUCUGAAAAAGCAAAGUGAUGAAUAUGGAAUGUAGAAUACAAAGCAAUUGAGUCUGUCAAAUCUCUUGAGACCUUAAAGGGACAGUCAACUCUAGAAUUUUUAUUGUUUAAAAAGAUAAAGAUAGAUAAUGCCUUUAUUACCCAUUCCCCAGUUUUGCAUAACCAACAGGUUUAUAUUAAUAUACGUUUUACCUCUGUAAUUACCUAUUAUCUAAGCCUCUGCAGACUGCCCCCUUAUUUCAGUUCUUUUGAUAGACUUACAUUUUAGCCAAUCAGUGCUGACUCUUAACUCCACAGGAGUGAGCACAAUGUCUAUAUGGAACACAUUACCUAGUGCUGUCUAGCUGUGAAAAACUGUAAACAUACACUGAGUUAAGAGGCGACCUUCAAGGGCUUAGAAAUUAGCAUAUGAAAAGUGUUUAAAAUUGCAUGUCCUAUCUGAAUCAUGAAAGUUUAAUUUUGACUAGACUUUCCCUUUAAGUGAAAACUGUAACUGCACUAAAUCCACAGAAGAUAAUGAACUUAUUUACUUAUGAAUGCAUUUGGGUACAUUGUUGCUCUAUCUGGAUGUCAUGGGGUUAACGCAUAAAGAAGUAUAUUGACAGUACUGAGGCCCUUUUUAUAUUGGGGUUUUUAGCUGGAUGUUACUUAACCAUUUUUAACAUACAAAUUAAACUUUUAAAUACACUAUUGGACAUUCUCUGGUUUUCUCAGACCUGAAACAGCUGAUAGGAGGCAAGUGUAUUCUGACCCAUGAUAGGUAGAAGGCACAGCAAAGCAGUUCCACAGACUUCCUCUAUCUGAGAUAGCCCAGAGAAAUACAAAGACCCUUGGGCAGCACUUGGUUGAUACUCUUCAUUAACAAAUGAAGAAUGAGUGGGGCCACCAGCUUGUUUUAAACCAACUGUUCGUUUAAGGAAAGUAUCUAUGGUACAUAAACUCAACAAAGGACUUCAACAGAUCUGACAUUUCGCACAUGCGCUCCCUCAGAGAUCUCAUUAUUAUGAGUGUAUUAUUGUUAUUUCCUGUAUAUGAUACUCUUCAGUUAGAUAUGUUGUAAAGCAUUCAGAAAACGCUAAAUCCAAUGUUUAUGUAAACCCUAGUGAAAGCGUUGGUGAUACCAUUUAGCAAAUGGAAAGUUCCAACUGGAAAGCUCUUAGUGAAUAAAGUGAGGAUCAUA